AGGGGACAGCGGCAGCAUGUGGCUGUUGUCAGUUUUCUGCAGUUACGAAGCUUUGGGGUGCAAAGGCAGUUUAUAAGUUUGUAGGACAGGAGUUAGGAAGUGGUUUUGUAGUCUCAUCGUUACUACACUCGCUGCAUGGUGUAGGAGGAUCGGGCCCUGACCCGUUUUAACACUAAUCCGGACAUUUCUUUUCCGGAACGAAACAUCUUAAAACCGUAGUUCUCGCCACAAAAGAACCUGGCUAGUUAGCAUAGCUUCUAUUAACUGCUAAUGUGGAAAAGACGGUUGUUAUUGGGGCAGGAAACUUAAUGCACGUACCUAACAAAGUGCAUUUUAGGUGGUUGACCCAGGGAGACGUAUAAUAUAUUUAAAUCCGAGGCAGUCAAAAAUAUAUAUAUUUUUUAGAAAGGCGUGAGCCGGCUUUGGGAUAGUUUGGCUGCAGGCACCUCUACCAAGGAUGUCGUGCCGAACUGGGAUGGUCCGGGGCGGCAGUUCGGCUCUGCAGCCGCUGAGAGCCACCGUGCAUUUCCAGCUUCGCAACGGGACGCAGCUGCGCAUCCGAGAUGCCGGCCCAGCUGAGAAGACCAAGUCCCGCCCUCCGAAGCCCAGCAUUCGACGGACCCUGUCCCUGGACGCCCUGGUAAUGCCGUACCUUCAGGGCCAUUGGCCAAAGGAGCCCGACUGCACCAGCUCCUGUGCGAAUGACAAGGCCACGCAGACGCCCAGCUCCUGGUCGGAGGAAUGUCCGGGCCGGAGAGGAGGUGGGGGACACAAGCGCUCUGCGUCAUGGGGCAGUGCAGAGCACCUCAGGGAGAUCUCAAACUUCAAGCACCAGCUGCAGAAGCGGUCCAAGCGUUCAUCCAGGGGGGGUUCAGAUAGGGAUCACCACCAGCUGCACUCUGCCAGGGGCCCUGUUCUAGGGGCCACACAGAUUUCCCCGCACCUACCCCUCAGCCGGAUCACCCCCCGCCUCCGCCACAGCGUUGAGGGUCUCAACCUGGAGCUGGAGGGGGUCUUUGUGUCAGAGGAGCCCGAAGAUCAGCGCUCUGUUCCUGACGUCCCCGACGGACACAGGGCACCCAUGCCCAUGCAGAGAUGCAGCAGUGGGUCUCAGAGCGACCCCUCUCCCUCCCCCCGCCCCCUGGGAGAUACCCCCUUGUGCCCAUCACCUUCGCCACCCCCGGUGGGCACGGGCUCGCCCCCCUCCCUUCAUCCCAGAAAGACCUAUGCGUUCCAGAGGGAGCCACCCGAGGGCUGUGAGAGAGUGAGGGUCUGCGAGGAGUCCCCUUCUCCCGCUGUCGCCCAGCUGUUCCUCCACUCGUGUCCCGACCCCAACAAGGUGAACUUCACGCCCCAUAGGGGCUCGGCAUUUUGCCCCGUCAGCCUCCUGAAGCCCCUGCUGCCCUCUGUGGACCUCCUGUUCCGCGGCCUGUCCGUAUCCCCCGUCGCGAGCCGGGCCCCAGCCGACCCCGGGGUGGGCGGAAGCGUGGGCACCUUCCCCGACCCUGCUUGCACCACUGCCGUGUGACCAGGAGGAGCUCCCGCCCCCCCCCCCCCCCCGGCGGGAGUAUCCAAUGAAUGUGUUCGUGGGAAUGCAGCCAGCAAGAGGCCAGCAGCAUUGGGUCACCACAGCGCAAUGCCUGGAAGGCUGAAAGGUCAGCUUGCGAUCAGCUCCUGCAGAUCACGGAAAAAAGUAACAAGACUCAGUUACAACAUAGCUGUUGCUGUGCCAGGUUCUGAAGCAGCCCGCCAUGCCUUCUGAGUGCAGCCCACGGUAUCACAUCCUAUCCAAUCAACAGCAGAGAAUGUGUCCCAUGUCUGAUGCCCAUGUCUUAAUUGGUGGCUUGGCGAGAAACGAGGGAGUUCUCCUUCUGUCCCUUGUUUUUUGAAAAUGUGUGCUUUGUUUAUAGUGGAGGAUUUUCACUUCCUGGAUUUUUCAUUUAUCUGUUCCUGGCUGGUUACUCACAUCUAUCCCCUGUAGAGCUGCCUGUAAAGUGGGAAUAUUUCUUGCCUGUAAAACCCAGUUGCCUUACACUACUAUAUAAAUGAAUACGUGCAGUAGGGAAGGAUGGAGAACAUUCCUAGCUGCAUCCUUGUAGUGCACUUACAGGCUCCCACGUAGCACUGAACGUGUCCUUAAGAAGAAACUCAUGCCUGAAGGCAUGUGGAUGAGAUGUUGGAUUUCCUCAGGCUUCCUGACCCCCCUCACUGCUGGUCCCUAGUCAGUGUGUUUGCUGGUUGGCCUGCUAGUGGAUUUUUUUUUUAGAUGAUAAAGACCUUUCCUGUGUUGAACUUCUGAUGGUUCACAGGUCACAGUUUUAAACAUGUGAUGGUUGGGCAAAAUAUUUUACGUAGCAGGUGCCUUUCUGCUUAGUUGGAUGUAUAUUGCCUAAUCACAUUUGAUCAGUAGCUGACUUGACUGAAGAUGGAAUUUGUCAUAAUCUAGAGGUUAAACUUUGACUGAAUGUCAUGUCAUUUGAUAAAGUGACAUGACCAGUCCAAACACUUUUAAAUGUCACAAAGCUUGUAGUGUUUUUGUUUGUUUCUUAUUUAACAUGGGCAACAAUACCUUCUUUACCCUGUUCAACCAGCCCCCCAGCUUAACACACAGAAACUGACUUACGUUUGCUUUCUUCCAUUAUGGGAUGCUGAAUGCUGUUUUUUGUUUGUUUUGGUAGGUUAUACAGUGGAUGAGAGCGCCGCUGGUUCUAAUGUUGAACGAUAGCUUUAAGUGUUAAAAAAAAAAAACGAAUACAGAAUUGUAUUGAACAUGAUUUUUCUAGGUUUUCUUAAGAAUGAUUGAUAGGGAAAUGAACGUAACACAGCUCGAGUUCACUGAGAACUAAUGUCAUAUGCCCUAUACAGAUAUUUUGUUUACGGGCGGAUUAAUUUACUUGCAUUAAAUUAUACUGCCAUCAC